CAAACUGAACAAUGGAAUAUUUCAACAUCAGCACCACAUGGAACGAAAGUUAUGAAGAAAUCUACAACAGCUUCAACUACUAUGAACACAACUAUUACCAGUACUGCACCAUUGGCUGCUUUACAGGCAAAGAUGCAUUAAUCUUAUAUGUUUCCACAAUAGUCGUUAUCUGCAUCAGCCUUCCUUUGACCCUACUGGCCAUCUACUCACUGUCUUCUCUGGUCAGAAAGGAUCACGGUGCUCCAGUCUACGUCAUCAACCUCCUCAUUUCUGAUCUGGUUCAGUUCCUCUGCAUGACUGUUUGGGUGAUUAAGAAGAGUAAAUUAGAGGAAAAAUUGAGGGAAACUUUGAUGAUCGUUUAUUAUUAUGGUCUGUUGUCCAGUGUUGGCUUCAUGGUGUGUAUCUCCCUAGAAAGGUAUUUGCUCAUCGUCUGGCCGCUGUGGUACAGAUUCAGAAGAAACAUCAAGACCUCUGUGGUGGUCUGUGUCCUAGUCUGGAUCCUUCCUCUUGUUUUUUUCCUCCCAUUGUAUUACAGUUUUGGUUUUGUGAUCACACAAACCAUCGUGGGUGUCUACAUCCUCCUCCCCCUCUCUCUGUUCAUCUUCUCCCUGGGUGGGACUCUUAAAGCCCUGUCUGGAUCCAUCAGUGUCUCCUCUGAUGAAAAACGAAGAAUUGUGGCAGUUUUGGUCGUAGUGCUGCUUAUUUACACAGUGAUGUUCAUGCCCACUGUCAUUUUUGUGUUUCUGGUAGAAAGCAGAGAUGGAACCAACUUUGAACUUUGGACUGCGUCCAACAUUUUUGUUCAGUUGAGUCCUCUUGCAGACUUGAUUUUGUACAUUUUCAUGAUGAAAGGAACCACAGACAAGAUUUUGGCCUCACUGUGUUGUUGUAGAAUGGAGCUUCAGGAAAUCAACUCUAUUGAUGAUUCUAAUUGCUCUUUUCUGAAGCAGAUAAAUUGGAUUAGUGAUCAGUAAAUAGUGUAUAAUAGUAUGAGGGGAUAAUAUGAUGUUGUAGCAAAUUUGUAUUAAGAAUUUCUUUAUAUAAGAUUGCAAGAGACAUUUGAUAUUUUCUUUUUAAUAUUU